AUGGAGUUUGAUGGGGAGAUCGUAAAGUUUAAUGUCUACGACGCCAUUAGCCAUCCAAGCGAAAUCUUGAGCGAACCAGAGUUGGAGUUAGAACCCACAGAAAAGGCAAGGAAAUUAGACAUUCAAAAGUUAAAAGAAAUCCGCAAUGAUGCCUACGAGAAUGCUCGCAUUUAUAAAGACAAGACAAAGUUGUUUCACGAUAAGAGAAUAGCUCAGAAGCAUUUUUCGGUAGGACAAAAAGUUUUACUUUAUAACUCCGUGUUAAAGUUAUUCUCGGGUAAGCUUCGAUCACGAUGGCAAGGAUAUUUUAUUGUUACUAAAGUGUUCACACAUGGAGCGAUUGAAAUAGAGAGUGAAGAAUCUGGAAAGCGGUUCGUAGUCAAUGGCCAGCGGUUGAAGCCAUUUUAUGAUAAUUUUCAAGCCCACACGGUUAAGAAAAACUAUUUGGAACCACCAUAG